AUGCGCCGCACGCCGCACGAUGCCGCGGCCAAGGAAGCCGGGAGCGCCGGAGCCGAAGCGCAGAAGCCGGACAGGCUGCUGGUGAGUGCUGCAGUCCGGGAGAGUGUGCGGGCGCGUGCUGACCGGCCAGGCCGUGCAAGGCGCGCAAAGUCAAGUGGCUGCGCCAACUGCCAGCGCCAGGGCGAGCGCUGCGACUACAGCAUCCGCCUCAACUGGGACGGGCGUGUGACGAAGACGACGGCGGCGAAGAAGAAGAAGAUACCCCAGACGAACCGGCAUGGCCAGGCAGCGAGCCCGCCCGCGCGCCAGCUGAGCCACACGCCCAACGGCACGCCGUUCUCCAUCACCGACUCGUCCGACUCGCCCGACGAGCCCGCCCACGAUCUCCUCGAUUAUGACCCGCUCGACGCCGCGCGCGUGCCCGUGCAGUCGCUGCUGUCGCCGCCGCCGCUGCCGCCCGCGCCGUGUCCGCUGCCGGGCGCUGCCGUCGUGCGUUUCGGCUUUGACGGCGGGCGCGCCGACCUCGACCUGGGCCGCAAUGACGACGCCGGCGCGCUGGCCUGCGCCGCACCGCUGGAGCUGCCUGCUGGCCCGCUCGCCCGCCGCGAGUUCACGCGCGGUGGCUACUAUGCACAGCCCGUGGCCAUCGAGAUCCCGCGCGCGCUGGUACCGCUGCCCGCCGGCCUGCAGGGCAACGCCAUGAACCUGCUGUACUUCCACCACUUCCUCAACCACACCAGCCGCAUCCUGGUGCCGCACGCCUGCGCGCGCAACCCGUUCGCCGCCGUGCUGCCCGCCAUGGCCGUGCAGGACCCUAGCCUGCUGACGCUGCUGCUCGCGUACGCCGCCAGCCACCGCGCGCGCCUGCUCGGCCACCCCAAGCCGUACGUGCGCAUCGCCCACUGGACGCGCCACGUCUUCCCGCAGCUGCGCACCGCCCUCGACGAUCCGCGCGCCCGCGUCUCCGACACCCACCUGGCCACCGCCAUCAUGCUUGUCUCGCAGAAGAUCAUCUCGCCCAGCACCUUCGAGGUGCCCACGCCGUGGGAGAGCCACCUCGCCCUGGCCCGCGGCCUCUUCCGCGCCCGUCGUGCCGUGCCGCGCCGCCCGCCCGCCCCCGCUGUCGACUUCUUCCUGUGUCGCUGGCUGGGCUACCUCGACCUGCUCGGCAGCCUGUCCUCUCGCCGCACGGACGCGCCCCUGUUCGGCGGCACCUACUGGGCCGCCGGCGACGGCCCCGACGACCCCGCCCACGCGCUCGACGUCGACUGCUUUUCCGGCUUCACGCCCGAGACCCGUGCGCUGCUGACCCGCCUCGCCGAGCUGGUGCACCACGUGGAGUCCGCCCCGCCGCCCCACCCCGCCCCGCCUGGCGCUCAGACCACCCCCUCACCACCCUUCCGCCCCGCCCCGCCCCCCACCGCCGCCGCCGCCGCCGCCGCCGCACUACUGGCCGACCUGACAGCCGCGCUCGCCCGCCGCCCCGACGGCCGCACGCACCACGCCGCCGCCGCCGACCUGCUCGCGCUCGACGACGCAUACCGCCUAGCGGCGCUCGUGCAGCUGCACCGCCGUGUGCUCGGCGACCCAGCUGGGGCAGCGCCUGUGCGUGCAGCUGUCGCCGCACUGCUGGCUGCGCUGGACCGCGUGCCGCGCGGCGAGGGCUCCGACGUGUGCGCGCUGCUGCCGCUGUUCACCGCCGGCUGCGAGACCACCGACCCCGCCGCGCGCGUGCGCAUCCGCGCCCGCCUCAAGGCUCUCGAGCAGGUCGGCAUGAAGCAGAUCCGCCGCGCGCGCAAGUUGAUGCAGCGCUCGUGGAAGGAGCAGCUGCCCUGGACGGCCCUUGCCGAUGGGGAGUUCUUGGGCUGA